AUGCCAUCGGUUACCCUUAACCCUAAAGACAAACUGACCAUUAAAAAUGCGAUUCCAACCUCUGCAAAUAAAAUUAUCACUGCAACUGUAACCAGAUUGUAUGUUGCUUAUCCGGACCCCAAUGCAUGGACUUAUGCCAACAUUGUAGGAGCAGUUGUAUUUCUUCGGGAUUCGAAGAAAAAGUCUUUUUUCUUUCGUAUCGUAGACUUGAAUUUUGAUCGAGGUGUCCUUUGGGAACAAGAAUUAUACCAAGACUUUCAGUACAAUAACGACACUUCAUUCUUUCACACUUUUGCGACCGACCAAUAUGUUGCCGCAUUUUCUUUCGCCGAUGAAAAUGAAGCUGUGACAUUUCAUAAAAAGGUAGUCAAUCGUGAAAAAAUUAAUGCUAAAGCAAAAUCGAAGAAAGACAAUGAAAAUAAAGGCGGUGGCUUUUUCGGUGGUAGUUCAUCAACCAAAAAGAAAAAGGGUAAAAAGAAUAAAGUUGAUAAAUCCUCGAUUGGACAGCCUACUGAUUUCAGACAUCUUGGACAUAUCGGUUACAACCCCGACACAGGAUUUGAUGUGCGAGAUAUUGAUCCUUCUUGGAAAAAUCUAUUUGAUCAAUUGGGACAGUUGGGUAUAAGUCAGGAUGUAAUCACAAAUAAUGCAGAUUUUAUUAAAAACUUUGUGGAAAAAGAAGGUGGACUUAACUUGGCACAAGCUACUCAUAAAUCAGUUGCACCAGCAGCGAAGCCAAAGGCAGCACCUCCAGCACCUCCAACAAAAGUGAAUAGGAGGCAAGCACCGCCACCUCCACCUCCACCACCACGUGCAAACUUAAAUGCAACUACGAAAUCAAACAAGUCUGCACCACCUCCGCCUCCAUCACGCAAAUCAAUUGCACCUAGUACUCCGACUCGUGAUUUGUCUCCAUCUCCCCCGAUGACUCCUCAAAAAGCAUCAACUCCACCACCACCACCUCCUGCUGUGAAACUAACUAAUAAACAAAAUAUUCCACCGCCUCCGCCACUCAUCCCAAGACAAAAUGAUCCACCACCACCCCAGCAGUUAAAUCCACCUCCAGUGCCACCUCCAUUACGUUCUUCUGUACCUAAAUCUACGGUACCGGCACCACCACCACCACUCCCACCUGCAAGAGUUCAACAACCACCACCACCACCAAUCCCUGCUGCUCGUGUUUCUAAUACACCUCCACCUCCACCUCCACCACCGAUUCAACCAGCCUCUAAAGAUAAUAUUCCACCACCACCACCACCGCCACCCCCAGUCAGUCUUGGUAGUAGCACUAACUUGUUGCAAGAAAUUCAAAGAACUGGUGGAACUGCUGGUGCCGGUCUGCGAAAAGUUGGAGAACCGAAAACACGCUCGUCUACACUUGAUGAAACAGAACCAGCGAGCCCUUCUGCUGGUGGUGAUCUUGCUAAAGCUUUGGCAUCUGCUCUUCUUCACCGUUCCAUUGCUAUCGGAAAUGACUCUGGUAUUGCCGAACCAAGACCCACAAAUUCCACCACCACAAUUAACCAUGCUCCCGCUACAAAAACACCUGCAGUCGCGCCACCGGCUGCUCCACCAACUGCUCCCCCCACCACCGCGCCAGCAGCAGCAACAGAAAAUAACAUAACUACCACCACUACUAAUACUAGUAACACGGUUGCUGCUGAAAGUUCUAAAGAAAAGGAAAAAGUGCCCACCAUUUCUAGAUCUCAGAGAGCUGGAUUACAGUUCCCUGUUGGUCGUAUUCAUCGUUACCUGAAAAAGCGAACGCUUAAUAAUGCACGUGUUGGUGCUAAGGCUGCAGUAUAUUCCGCCGCCAUUUUAGAAUAUCUUACAGCAGAGGUACUCGAAUUGGCAGGUAAUGCCUCAAAGGAUCUAAAAGUAAAACGUAUUACACCACGACAUCUACAAUUAGCGAUUCGCGGUGACGAAGAAUUAGAUACACUGAUUCGAGCUACAAUCGCAGGUGGUGGUGUGUUGCCGGUGACAUAUUCACAAGACGCUGCUCAACAAAUCAAGUCAAAAAUCCAAGAAAUCUUGAAAUUGCAUCAUAUACUGGAGAUCAUCUAA